AUGACAUCCGCAUCGAAGCUGUCCACAUCAUUUCAUCCUUGGCAUACGGUUCGGAAACAGCGCUAUCCGGUCUACUCCGUGCCAACGCCCACCAAGAGGUCGUUCGUGCACUCGACGAGUCCGCAUGCGUUAGGCACACCUCAAUUGAAGGCGGCACUUUCAGGCGGCCUACGUGUGCUUGCGAGCUCGAUGGCCGAUGUCGUGGGUCCUUCACAGGGACCUAUGGGCAUGUAUACAUCAGAACAUCGCGCGGAAGCCAAGGUCGCACUCAGCUUUCUCUUCGAAUAUGAAUGUCUUGACGUUUACCUCCCCCUACUCGAAGAUUCCUCUCUAUAA